UUAACCGGUGUAGAAGACAAUAAAACGCUGGGAUUUAUUGUUUUCAAGAUUUGUCUCUUCAUUUCUUAAGACUCCGAACCCUUUUCCUUUUGUAUCUCCACUUCCUAUAUAAGCUGCUAUUCUUGCUAUUCUCUCAGUAACCUAACCCUAAAUCUUGUACUCCUCUACUCUCCUUGCCGUGGAUCAAACAUUCAAGAUUAGACAAAUGGAUGACAAAAAGCCUACGAGUUUCACUUUUGAGAUAGAUAACUUAUCAGAGAAGAAAGGUCUUAUAUCAUCACCAAAAUUUUUAAGCGGCAACGACGAAUGGUUUGUUAACGUUUAUCCCAACGGAUAUCAUAUUGAUGAACGAUUGUCUCUGCACCUCCAGGUUGCAAACCCUGAAUCAUUGCCACUUGGAUGGAAAAAGCAAGCUAGCUAUUCCUUUGCUCUACUGAAUCAAUCAGGCGAAGAGCUAUACAGAACACCUGAAUCAUGUAAAUUGUUCCGCCCUCAGUUCACAGGAUGGGGUAGCCCAAAGGCCUUCACUCUUCAAAAGCUUAAAGAUAUGGGUUAUUUGGAGAACAAGCUGAUUUUAAAGGUCGACGUAAAAGUGAUUGAAGCUGUUGAUGAAGGAGCUGUAACUGGAAAUGACAUGUUAGAUGUCCGUGGUUUCAAAGUCCUUUAUUCUCAGUUGCCUUUGGUGAAUAAGCUUUUCAGAAAACACCCGGACAUUGCAGUGAAUUUCAAACUAAAGAAUCAAUCGGUGAAGACAACAUACAUGAAUUUCCUUCUCGGUCUCAUCGAGAAACUGGACAAGCCUUCACCUAGCUUCACCGAAAUUGAGCUAAGCAACGCUCAAAGCGAGUUGAUCGAUCUAACAGAAGCGGGCUUCGAGCUAGACUGGUUGAAGAAAAAGCUUGAUGAGAUUUCUUUGGAGAAGAAAAGAGGACUUACUGAUGGUUCCCCAGUCCAAGAAAUCGAUGAACACAUCAAGAAUCUCAACCUUGAACUCGAAAAGGAGAAGGAAAAAUCGGCUACUUGCGCUGCUGAAGUUUUGUUGUUGGAGCAGACGGUGUCGGAUCUCAGGGUUGAGCUGAGCAAGGAGAAGAAAAAAUCGGCUUCUUCUGCAACUGAAGUUUUGUUGUUGGAGCAGAUGGUCUUGGAUCUUAAAGUUGAGCUGAGUAAGGAGAAGGACAAAUCUGCUACUCCUAACGAUUUGCUUGAGGGUGUUGUCUCUUGGGAAGUAUUGGAUUACGCGGAUAUCUAUACUAAUGAAAAAGGAGAAGAAUAACAAACAAUAAUUUAUUAUCUUUUUUUUCGUACUCAAAUUAAG